CUGGCAGGCUCCUCAAGAUUGUUGUGAGGAGUCUAGCCAGUUGGUGAGCUCUGUAAUCUAAACCAGCUGUCUCCAGACUGAGGCCCCCAUUUGCAUUGUUUAACAUACUUAGAAAAUGAAGUGUUCAUUUUUAACAUUCCUCCUUCAAUUGGUUUAAUGCUGAAUUACAGAAGAGAACUAAGCAAAACCAGGUGCUUUUGCUGUAUUCUCUCCAGCGUCUGAGGAGGAGCAGACCUCUCUCUGCCCUUUCUAUUAUUUGGUAUUUCAUUCUUUGGAAUACAAAUGACUGAGGAACUCAAGUGCUAGCAGAACGCCGAUGUUCAGACACGUUUUUUAGUUAUUCAGCUUGCAGACUCCUUUUUUCCUUCUUUCCUAACUAAUGUUGGACAUGCAAGAAGUAAAGAGGAUACUGACGGUUUUCAUGCUGGCCACCUGCCUUACAUGCCCUGGGAAAGCACAGCAGCAAUGCACUAAUGGGUUUGACCUGGAUCGUGCCUCUGGGCAAUGCUUAGAUAUUGAUGAAUGUCGAACUAUUCCUGAGGCCUGUAGAGGAGAUAUGGUGUGUGUUAACCAGAACGGUGGCUAUUUAUGCAUUCCCCGAACAAAUCCAGUUUAUAGAUCACCAUAUGUGAAUCCUUAUUCAAACAUUUAUCCACCACCUCCAGUUCCCAACUAUCCCACUGCUACAAGACCUCUGAUGUGUCGGUUUGGCUACCAAAUGGGUGAAAACAACCAAUGUGUUGAUAUUGAUGAAUGUGCUUCCGAGUCACACCAGUGUAACCCCACUCAGAUCUGUAUAAACACUGAAGGAGGAUACACCUGCUCCUGCACUGAGGGCUAUUGGCUCUUAGAAGGCCAGUGUUUAGACAUAGAUGAAUGUCGCUAUGGCUACUGUCAGCAGCUGUGUGCCAAUGUACCUGGUUCCUACUCCUGUACAUGCAAUCCAGGUUUUACCCUUAAUGAUGAUGGACGAUCAUGCCAAGAUGUGAAUGAAUGUACAACCCAGAAUCCUUGCGUGCAAAACUGCGUCAACACAUAUGGCUCUUUUCUCUGUCGCUGUGAUCCUGGCUAUGAACUGGAAGCUGAUGGAAUUAGCUGCAGUGACAUGGAUGAGUGCAGCUUCUCAGAGUUCCUUUGCCAGCACCAAUGUGUGAAUGAGCCCGGCUCUUACUACUGUUCCUGCCCCCCUGGCUAUGUUCUGCUUGAUGAUAACAGAAGCUGUCAAGAUAUCAAUGAAUGUGAGACUAGAAACUUCACUUGUACUACACAGCAAACCUGUUUCAAUAUCCAAGGAGGAUACAAAUGUCUAGACCCAGUAAAGUGUGAGGAUCCUUAUAUCCAGAUCAAUGACAAUCGCUGCAUGUGUCCAGUUGAAAACCCCGGCUGCAGAGAUCAACCAUUCACCAUCCUAUACAGAGACAUGGACAUCAUGUCAGGACGGUCUGUGCCAUCUGACAUCUUCCAAAUGCAAGCAACAACUCGCUUCCCCGGUGCCUAUUACAUCUUCCAAAUCAAAUCAGGAAAUGAGGGCAGAGAAUUCUACAUGCGGCAAACGGGACCUAUCAGUGCUACUCUAGUGAUGACCCGUCCCGUGAAAGGGCCACGUACCAUUCUAUUGGACUUGGAAAUGAUCACAGUCAACACUGUCAUCAACUUCAGAGGGAGCUCUGUCAUCCGGCUGAGGAUAUACGUAUCACAGUACCCGUUCUAAACCUUCAGUACAUUCCCUUUUAAACAUUAAAAGCAACAACAAAAAGACAUUAUCCCCUUUCUGCAGAUCUUUUUCCUCAAAAAAAUAUAGCAGCUCAAAACCUAACCAGUGUUAUCACAGACACAACGGCCUAUGCCAUCUGAUGAGAGAAGCCUCUUCAUAUACAACCCUUUCCAGGAUGCAGACAUCUGAACAUGUAUUGUCAGCAGAUCUCGUAUGAUUUUGUAUGUGAUUAUAUGUUUUAAGAACCUUUUGUUGUUGUUGUUGUUGUUGAUUUUAAAAACUUUUCUAGGGUGUGAUUUUAUGCUCCAAAGACUGUGAACUUCCCCACCUCUGUAACUGCAACACUGCUUAGCAAAGGCACCAAACAAACUGAGGAAAAAGCUGGCUUUUGCUAUUUUGCUUUUGUUCUUUUAAAAGGAAGGCAAACAAACAAAAAAUUCACCUGUCCAAAAGUGGAAUCUGAGAAGCGCUAACUUCUCAGUUGUUUCUGUAAUUGUCAGUCAUAUAGUCUGUCUCAGUUGUCCCUACAUUUGGCUUAGUUCCAUCUGUCCUUUUUGACCGUACUUUUUAGUUGAGUCAUUGUAAGCUCCUUCUACAAUACCUGUUGUACUAUGCUUGCUGGAUCUAUAAGCCCUCCUUUUUAACAAAGUGUCACCUGCGUGGGUUCCUCACUGUAUUAAAUAUUCCUACAUAAUUGAGUUCAAAAAGGUCUAUCACUGGAUUGUGUAUUUUAAAAUAAUUAGGGCCUGAUCCUUAUGUUCACCAAGGCAGCAUGAGCAUAAAUGUAUGCUGCUAGAACAGUAUAAAGGGGCCUUAGCAUAACUGAGAGUCAGGUCCUGAGUGUUCAACUGCUUUGCAUACUUUAAUGAUUGUGCAUAAUUAGCAAAGAUUAUGAAGUGCCAGCACUAGUUCUGUGGUUAUGGCCAGAGAUAAUUUCCCAUUGUAACCCCAAUAUUCAAUUUUGCUAAACCCAAUUUCCCCAAAAGAAAAUAAUCCCCCUAAAAUUACAUAUGCCAAAACUCUUCCCAGAAUAGAAUUUUUCUGAAAAGUUUUGGGGGAAAACUUAGAAGAUGAAUUUUUAAAGCUGUGGGAUAAAAUCUUGGCCUGGUUGAAAUCAAGGGGAGUUUUGCCAUUGACUUCAGUGGGCCAGGAUUUCAUCCUGAUGUGGUUUUUGUAAGUUUUUCUCUUGUUGACUGUUUAAAUGUUUCCAGUUUUUUUUUUCCUCUCCAUUGGCUAGUCUUACUUCCCAAAUGGCUUGGCCAACAAAGGUUAAAUUUUGCAGGCCUGAGGACAAAUGGCUCAGUGUUUCUCAGAGGGCUGAUAGGGGAUUAACAAAGAUAUAUAAUGUGAAACAGCUCGGAAUGAGGUGUUUGUACUCCCAAGUUAUGGUAGGCUGGGAAGCAAUAUACUAGAGCUUCAUUAGUGUAGGGAUAUAAAGAGGAGGACUGCAGGCUCAGGAAGCUCUCAGGCACAGAUUGCAUGAAGGAAUGGAGACACUGACUAUCUAGCUUAUAAUAGGCUUUGCAAAUUCAGGACUGUUUUUUAUUUCCUCCAGCGGAAGUACCUUUUGUUUACCAGGUUGCUCUUUAUUUUUAAUCAGUAUGAAGAAAGCCCUGUUACUUUGGAGCAAAGCAGAGAAAUGCUCUGCACAGAGCGGAGUGUACCUUAAAGUAGCAGGACACUGUAUUUUGUUUCUUUAUUAUUUUAUCUUUUCCUGUUACCUCAGCUGCAGUGUGUGAUACGCUGGGACAGAGCUGUUUUCACAUGUCUACAGACCAUCAUAUACAACCCUUUAUAUGAUAUAUAACAACCCUGCUGAUUUCUGCCAGGCUGUGCUGAACCAGAAAUAAAAGGUGGGAGGUCAAGGAGACAUGUGGUCAGGCAGCUGUCCUGGAGGAGCUAGGGAAGGAGUAUAGAGAGAAGUAUCAACAGGGACUGAGGCUCAAAAGGGGUCCAAGCAUCAUAUUCCUCAAUCUUGGAGGAAAGGGGAGGGCAGGUGAUGGGAGGCAUAUGGUUGGGAGGGCAGGAUAGAGAAGCAUUGACAGGUGACAGGGGAAGGUAAAAAGUGAGAAACAAGGGAUCUGGGAGCAGGACAGGGAAAGGCAAAGUCUUGCAUUAAAGACUUCAAACUCUUAAUGCUAUCUGUUAUGAAACUUUAAUGCUUAUAGUUUUCUAUGUAGCAAAAUCCCUCUCCUCUCCUUCUCCCUACACUAAUCCCUUAGCCCACCAAUAUGGCUCUGUCCACCCCCCAUAUCACCCACUGGAGAGGAACCCCAGUUUUUUGGUCCUCAUAUAAUCUCUUGGAGCAGGUCUCUUCUUCUGGGCCACCCUAUGGGAACUUAAUCUAGCCUUUGGCAUUCAUUAAAGCACAUGAAAACCCUAGAGGAAUUUCAUAACAAAACAUUUGUUGAAAAAGAUUUAAGGCUGAAAGUGUGAUUCAGCAGAGCCCAGGAAUGCCCAUAAAACAAUAUUACACUUUCAACACAAACACUUUGUGCCUUAAAAAAAAUGUGAAAAUGUCUGGAAGCCAUGAAAAUCAGCCACUUCCCCUCUGUCAUAAAGUCUUCUAUCACUUGCUAUCACCCUGGCCAACCUGAACCUUGCCAAAGUAUAUACCACCCUCAAAAUAACAAAUUACUACACGAUUACAACAUCUAACACCACCACAUUUUCUAUUCAAAGGAUCCAUUUCCAGUAUACUAGUACACAAGCACUGGUUAUAGCAGUUCUGAUAAAUAAGGACCACACACGUUAGUUUUCACAUAAUAUAGAUUCAGAUGGUUAAAAAUGCAAACUUUCAGGCUCUGCAAACACAUAACCCUGUGUCGCAAGGUAGCUAGGCCCUGUCAGCAGAGCAGGUGUGUCCACUUGAGAUAAUUAAAUGGGAUAGAGCUAAACCUGAGCAGGGACAGCAGGCAGGGAGAGGAGGCAUGACAGGAUAUGUCUGGAAUGGGGAACUGUAGAGGAGUGGUGCUAAUGUCUCUGGUAGACCCUUAGAGCAAGGGGCCAUGUACUCAGGAAGGUUAUCCUGAAGUUGUUUUUCCAGAAGAGCACCAAAGCUGGCUGAAUGAGGACUGGCUGAGCAGGGAGCUGUAUGAAGUAGUAGGAAGCAGCAUUACUAAAGACCCCUGGGAGGGGGGUGAAACCAUAGGACACUGGGAGGAACUUCCUGUUUGCUUCAGUUUGAACAGUAAACUGGGCCUAAAGCAAGUGUGGGCGUCGCUAUAAGUGCUUGUUACACGGGGGAGCCCUGCUCUGCCACCCCCUACGGUUCCAAACUUUCUCUAACACCAGCCAGAGCCAUAAUUCUAGUCUUAGUUGUACAAUUAGUCUUCUAGUCCCCCACCACAUCAUGCUGGGGGGAAGUAUAUAGAACUCUGACAUAUCUCUAUUUACUGGGCAUUUAAUAAACAAUAGCUCUAAUCAACAGUAUAGAGCUGGCAGCACACAUGGUCUAGUGAAUAUGGCACUAGACUGGAAGUCAGGAGACCUGAGGUCUGUUGCUGGCUCUGCCGCUCACCUGCUGUGUGACCUUGGAUAAGUCACUUUGCAUCUCUUUCCCCUUCCACCAUGUGACUGUCUUGUCUCUUUAGACUGUAAAUUCUUUGGGGCAGAGAAUCUCUCUCUUGCUAUGUGUUUGUAGUGUCUAACACAAUCUCUGUAGGGGUAUGGCUACACUGGGUGACCCAUGCAGCUGGCUUGAGCUAAGGGGCUGUUCAACUGUGGUGUAGAUGUUCAGCCUCUAGGACCCUGUGGGGUGGGAGGGUCCCAGAGCUUGGGCUGCAGCCUGAGUCAGAACAUCUGCAUUGCAAUUAAAUAGCCCGAGCACUAUGAGCUUGAGUCAGUUGGAACGAGCCAGCCACAGGAGUCUAAUUGGAGUGUAGACAUACCCUGGAAAUACUGUCAUACAAAUAAAAAAUAGUAACCUUCACUACAGAAUAAACCAAGUGGGAAAUCUAUUCCCACAAAUGGGUAGAGGGGAUGAUGCGAGCCAGGAAGGCUGACAAAUGAGGAUGUGUGGUGAAGGAUGAUAUGGUAGUGGGGAACUGACUGGAUUCUCUAAUUGUUUAUUUCCAGACUGUUUAACUUGUGGAUCUUCUUAGGGCUAUACUUUUUAUGCAGCAAAUGGGAUUUUGUUUUCUAUUAACUGACUUCCAAUGAAACAUACUUUCAACCUGAACUUUUUUAAAAAAUGAAGGUUUGUUUGGGCAUAGUUCCUAUUCUGCUUCCUGUACAACUGUUGUAGAAUCAUAGGAUGGGAAGAGUCCCUGAGAGGUCAUCUAGUCCAGUCCCUUGAACUCAUGGCAGGACUAAGUAUUUCUAGACCAUCCCCCUACAAGAGGAUGAAUACACAAUCACAAGCCGGGCUUCCAUUCAUGGAUUUUUAACUGAAUAAAAUUGACACUGACCUAUUUAUCAGUCCUCUAACCUAGAUAAAUGCUCAGGGUUUGUCUACACAGCAAGUUACUGUGCAGUAAGCCGGGGUGAGUAUCUACAGUACAAGAGCUUGCUGCACAGUAACAUCCUGUGUGGAUGUUGCUCUGAAAUUCCUGGAGUGUGGCUUGAUGUGCUACUACUUCAAAGUAUGGUAAGCUGAGCCAUACUCUAGGACUUUCAAGUGUUCUGUAGCAAUGUCUAUGCACGGUGUUACUGCUCAAGCUGUGGGCUGUAGAUUCACACCCUGGUUUGCCACACAGUAACUUGCCCCUAGAGGGUCUGAACACCCAAGGUUGUUAAGAGUUGAGAUUUCAGCAUCUCUCGGGACUUAGCUCAUGCAGAAGUCAGGAUUGUUAGUUCUCAACAUGGGAGUCUACAUUCAGCUUUAGCCUUCUCUGACUCUCUCUUGAAAGACUUGUCCCUCUGUUCAGAUGUAGUCCUAGGUCCUGCUCCCAAGUCUAGCUUGAUCCUUCAUUAUGUCUUAGAUGCAUCAUUAACAUCAGCACAAUCAAUAAAUUCAGUCUUCUCUAGCUAAAAAUGGACAGAACAAUAGUAUCACUGUUCAAUGGUUCCCAAAUCUAGUUUGUCUCUAGGAUUUCCUGUUGCUCUUGUCUCUGUAGUAGCUAUCCAUGUUAAAAACCUAUUGAGAGAAAUUCACAGCUCAGCAGCAUGGAAAAGAAAUGAAUCUUGCUUGUAUGUUGUUUAAUUCUGCCAGAUGAUUCAUUCUUGCUAUAGUUAAGUGUGGAAUGUUGUACAAAGGCGAAUAAGUCGGUCUACAGGCAGAUCCUCAGCUAGUAUAAAUUGGCAUAGCUCCAUUGACUUCAAUAGAGCUAUUACAAAUUACACCAACAAAGGAUCUUCCUGUAAUUUCUCUCUCGCUGUGUGUGUGUGUGUAUGUAUGUAUGUACACAUUUCUGCAUGAAUUGAGGGAGAAUUUACAAUGGCUAAAAUUGGAUGCGAUAUGGUGUGUAUAUAUACAUCUGGAAAUAGCCAUAACUAAAGAGUGCAAGGUGAAGAGAGAUGACUGAGCAGUGUUUGAUCAUCCCAAAUGAAUAUAUAUAAAUAGCUUGAUUACUCCACAUAUUGCUGCCGUAUACUGUGAGUCAAAUUGUGGCUUGCUCUUCAUAGAAACAUGUGCCAUCAAACCUAUGGCCAGCUCAUAGACUCAUAGACUUUAGGACUGGAUGGGACCUCGAGAGGUCAUCGAGUCCAGUCCCCUGCUCUCAUGGCAGGACCAAAUACUGUCUAGACCAUCCCUAAUAGACAUUUAUCUAACCUACUCUUAAAUAUCUCCAGAGAUGGAGAUUCCAUAACUUCCCUAGGCAAUCUAUUCCAGUGUUUAACUACCCUGACAGUUAGGAACUUUUUCCUAAUGUCUAACCUAAAUCUCCCUUGCUGCACUUUAAGCCCAUUGCUUCUUGUUCUAUCAUUGGAGGCUAAGGUGAACAAGUUUUCUCCCUCUUCCUGACGACACCCUUUUAGAUACCUGAAAACUGCUAUCAUGUCCCCUCUCAGUCUUCUCUUUUCCAAACUAAACAAACCCAAUUCCUUCAGCCUUCCUUCAUAGGUCAUGUUCUCAAGACCUUUAAUCAUUCUUGUUGCUCUUCUCUGGACCCUCUCCAAUUUCUCCACAUAUUUCUUGAAAUGCGGUGCCCAGAACUGGACACAAUACUCCAGCUGAGGCCUAACCAGCGCAGAGUAAAGCAGAAGAAUGACUUCUCAUGUCUUGUUUACAACACACCUGUUAAUGCAUCCCAGAAUCACGUUUGCUUUUUUUGCAACAGUAUCACACUGUUGACUCAUAUUAAGCUUGUGGUCCACUAUGACCCCUAGAUCUCUUUCUGCCAUACUCCUUCCUAGACAGUCUCUUCCCAUUCUGUAUGUGUGAAACUGAUUGUUCCUUCCUAAGUGGAGCACUUUGCAUUUAUCUUUAUUGAACUUCAUCCUGUUUACCUCAGACCAUUUCUCCAAUUUGUUCAGAUCAUUUUGAAUUUUGACCCUGUCCUCCAAAGCAGUUGCAAUCCCUUCCAGUUUGGUAUCGUCCGCAAACUUAAUAAGCGUACUUUCUAUGCCAACAUCUAAAUCGUUGAUGAAGAUAUUGAACAGAGCCGGUCCCAAAACAGACCCCUGCGGAACUCCACUUGUUAUACCUUUCCAGCAGGAUUGGGAGCCAUUAUAACUACUCUCUGAGUACGGUUAUCCAGCCAGUUAUGCACCCACCUUAUAGUAGCCCCAUCUAAAUUGUACUUUCCUAGUUUAUCUAUAAGAAUAUCAUGCGAGACCAUAUCAAAUGC